AUGGGCCACCCUUCGCGGCCCCUCGCGCCGCCCUUACGGCCCCUCCCCCCCCCCCCCCCCCCCUCGCUGCCCCUUCACGGCCGGUCGCCGCCCUCCGCGGCCCCUCGUGCCGCCCUUCACGGCCCGUCCGCUGCCCUUCGCGGCCUCUCUCGGCCCGCCGUCGCCGCCUCUGGAGCAGCAGCAGCCGCAGUCGCUACAGCGGCCGCGGCCGCCGUCCCAGCAGCAGCAGCAGCCGCCGCCCCUACAGCAGCACCCGCCGCCACUGCAGCCGCGGCCGCCGCCGUCCCUACAGGAGCGGCCGCCGCCGCCCCUGCAGCAGCAACUGCCGCCGUCGCUGCAGCAGCGGCCGCCGCCAUCCCGUGA